AUGCGUCUUCUCGUUGUGGCGCUCCUCUUCGCCUCUCUGCUGGGCCUAAGCUCUGCUACCACCUACUACCUGUACCCCACCAAUACCACCUGGCCGAGCACCAUCCAGAACCUCAAGGCGGGGGAUACCGCGAUCCUCUCCGCGGGCCAGUUCACGCUCAACCAGAAGUUCGGGGUGACCCUGAGCGGCACCUCCGGUGCGCGCAUCGUGGUCAAGGGUGCUGGCGCAUCCGAGACCACGAUCACGCAGCAGGCGGACCAGAACGUGAUGGACGUCGCCGGCACCUACUUCUCCUUCUACAACAUGACCUUCACCGGCGGAUCGAGGGGCGUGCGCUUGUUCGAGUCCAGCUCCGACGUCUUGUUCGAGAACGUCAACAUCCACCACACCAAGGACACGGCGUUCAGCGCCAAUGACGCGGGCAAGACUUACACCAGGCUCACCCUGCGCGGCAUGGAGGUGCAUCACUCGGCCGAGGCGGGUCCGGAAGUGGCCACCGGCGAAUGCUUCUAUCUCGGGUGCCAGGACAACAAGUGCCAGGUCACCAGCAGCCUGGUGGAGCUCAACUACUGCCACGACACCACGAACGCCAAGCCAGGCUGGGGCAGUGGCAUUCAGCUCAAGACCGGCUCCUAUGAUAACAUCAUCAGGGACAACGUUAUCGUCAACACCCUGGCCCCCGGCAUCCUGCUCUACGAUGACUACCAGAAAGGCACCAACCUGGUGGAGGGCAACGUGGUCAUGACCACGGACGACAACGGCAUCCAGGUGAGCUCGGGUGUCCUCGUGCAGAACAACAUCGUCAUCGGCGCCAAAGCUGCGGGCAUCGCUGUGUCCAACAACCAGCUCCAAACCACUGGCGUUUACCAUGACGUCAAGAUCAUCCACAACACCGUCUACUCCUCUGGGUCGGCCGACCUCUAUCUGCCGAUCCUGAGCAAGUCCGAGUUCGUUAUCGCCAACAACCUCUUCUUGACCAGCGCCAAGGCGUUCGACGUUAAGACCCAGACCGGCGCCGUGUGGCGCAAGAACGCCUACGUCGGCGGCACCGUCCCUACUGGCGUCGACACGGCUGGUGUGUUCCAGGUGACUAGCGGCGACGUGAUCAAUGCCGGUGGCAACGACUUCUACCCGACCGAGUCCAGCCUCCUCAUCAACGCCGGCAGCUCCAGCUACUCCCCGCGCUUGACCUACGAUUUCAACGGCAAAUCCAGGAGUGCGACCACGCCCACCGUCGGCGCCUAUGAGCACUCCACGGCGACGAACCCUGGAGGCGCAGUGAAGGCCGGCUUCAAGUCGGGCGCCUCGUCGGACAGCCAGCCGCCCAGCGGUGGCGGUUCGAACACCCCCUCCGGCGCCAACACGCUCACCUCGUGGCUCGCCCCUGUCCUCGCCCUCUAA